GUUGUUAUUUCGACAGAAAGCAGAAAAGUUUAAUAUUUGCAUUGCUGAAAAAUGAACCUAAAAACAUUUUUUAUAAUUUUUAUUUAUGUCCAUGUAUGCUACUCGCAGGAUGAAGAAGCUGAACAAACAUCAACAAUGAUAAUUCAUGACAUCACUACAACAACAGUUAUUCCAAAAGAUCCUGAAACAACUGAGAAAACAACCACAAGUGUUGCAAACAUCAACUUUGAUACACCAGAAAAGGUCUUAGCUGAGGUCAAUGAAGCAUUUGAUGAUCUUAGUCGAACAGUUAACGAGACAUUGUUAAAUUUUAAUGAGGCAACAAGAGACAAGUUGGAUGAUGAAAGUGGAAACAUUUUUCGUGAUCUUGAGAGAGAAGAAUUGUACAAUUUGUAUCAAGAUGACUGUUCAGUUGAUCAAUUGACAGCAUAUGAGGAAUUCCAAACAGCACUUAAUGGUGUUGUCAAAUUAUGGAUAGAUGCUGAACAUCCCAAAAUCGAUAAUGCAUUUAAAAAUGUUUAUUUAAAGUGGAUUGAGCCAUUUAGACGUGAUGUAGAAACAACAUUAGUGACACCAAUCACCGCUGCCUUAAGAUUUCCAAGAGGAAAGAAGGAUCAAUUUAUUUCAUGUGCCAAUCAAUAUACUCCACAAGUUUUGAAGCUAAUUGAAACGGCUUUUACUAAUGUCUUAGAUUGUUAUAACAUGUCUAUUAGUUAUCAAGAUACAACUCGAUAUGCUGAUCUUAUUGCUGCACUUUAUAAGGAUACUGCUGAAAAAUUUACAAUAUGCAAUCAAGAUUUAGUUUGUUUGAGAAAGUAUUGUCCAAAAACUCAUCUAUUGGUACUGAAAACAACAUCUCAAGCAGCAGACGCAACUAGCUCAAUCGUUAGAAACUUCCAGAAAGAAAUCGAUUUGAUUCCAAACUGUGCAAAUAGUAAAUUUAAUAAUGCAACGUAUUUAAAAAUAAAAGAGGAACUACGUACAGCAAUUAUUCAGUGUUUACGAUAAUAUAUUUUUUAAUUGAAACUUUCAAUAUUAGUGGGGGCUAUUCGUAAAUGAUGUAAAACUUUUUAAGAGAUUGGGGUCUGUUUCUAAGCGAGGCUACCAUUAGAAAUGAAUUUUUAUAUGAAUAUGUUGUAGCAAGUAAAGCGAAGCUGUUUAAAAUUUAAUUGUUCAAUAAACGUCAUUUAUGAACAUCCCC